GAAACACACAGAACACGAAACACUUUACCUGGCCGCGGUGUUUGAGGUGGAAAAAAUCUUGCCGUGCGUGCGUGUGUGCGUGUGUGCGGUCGUGUGACUCACCUGCGGUUACCUGAAGGAGACACAACACCUGGACUAAGGCAGAAGCACACCUGUCUUACCUGAACACCUGGAAAACCAAUAAGGACAGUUAAUUAGUUACCUGAAGCUCACCUGUCUUACCUGAACACCUGAAAAGUUAAUAAGGACAUAAAGUUAAUUAGUUACCUGAAUCUUACCUGUCUUGUCUAUUACCUGGAAAUCUAAUAAGAACACAGAAAAGUUAAUUAGUUACCUGAAGCUCACCUGUCCUACCUGUACACCUGAAAAGUUAAUAAGGACAAAGUUAAUUAGUUACCUGAAUCUUACCUGUCUUACCUUUCUGUCACCUGGAAAGCUAAUAAGAACACGGGAAAGUUAAUUAGAUACCUGAAGCUGACCUGUCUUACCUGUACACCUGGAAAGCCAAUGAGGACACGGGAAAGUUAAUUAGUCACCUGAAGCUAAAGUUUGUUACCUGGAGAGUCAUCUGUGUGGACUAAAGUAAAACUGGACCUUCUUCUGCACCUUCUGAGCCUCCCACGAGUGACAUGAUCCCCCGAGAAGCCUGAAGGACAGUUGAAACUUACCUGUAGAAGCCCAUGGACACCUGGAAGUUACCUGGGAAGCAAUAGGAGAGAAAAUCAAGAACGUGGACUGUCAGCCUCUCUUAUCUGUGUCCCUUCCGUCUUGCGCCUCUGUUGUGAUCCCUUGAGAAGAAGAAGAACACGUAGAAGUUACCUGGAAAACCCUACGGACAUAUGAAACUUACCUGGAAAAGCUUAAGAAUACCUAAAAAUUACCUGCAGAAGCUGAAGAACACGUGAAAGUUACCUGUAAAAGUCUUGAACACCUGAAACUUAACUGGAAAAGCCAUCAGGGGAAUCAAGAACGUGGGCUUCAGAGUAACUUGUCCCUGUGUCCCUCGCCUUCUGAGACUUCCAAGGGCAACAUGUCACCCACCUAAGGAGCCCACCAAGACGCAGGAGUAAGGGCGCGGCGUGUGAUAUGGGCUUCCGCGCGGUGGUGGCGGCGGCGGGGCGGUAGACGUUCGGCGGCGGGAUGGUGAUGUCCCUCCCCGACGCCGCCACCUGCCACCACUGCCACAUCCACGCACCCAUCCCCGCCGAGGCUCUCAAACGCACGCAUCCACUUCGCUCCGGCAGUGUAGAGUGUGAGGGGGGCGGCUUGACCAGCAGCUUCAGGAAGAAUGUCUCCUUCCUCUACCGUAAGCUGCAUGGCGUGUCCCUGGUCACAUCGCCGCCCCCCCCGCCCCCCCUGCCCCCGCUGAAGGGAUCCACACCUUCUCGUAGCAUCUUAACGCACUCCAAUGCCUCAACCCUCCCCCCGUCGCUGCCCAGGUCCUCCCCCGACUCCUCACGGCACUCCUCGCAGCAUUCCUCGCCCCGCCCCUCCUCGGAUCUCCGCCCCGCCCUGGUGAUCGACUCCCAGCCCCCCGAGCCGCCCCCGCACCGCCGCCCCCUGCCGCCCCUGCCCAAGGAGGCGCCCAAGAGGCGCGGGUUCAGCGGUCUGCAGGCGGUGCUGUUGGUGGGGGCGUACGCUUUGUUGUUGGUGCUGGCGAUAGUGGUUGGCGUGGUUCUCACACAGGAGGGGCAGCGCCGCCCGCCCCGCCCCAUUGGUGGCGGAGCGCCCCUGCCCGUGCGCGUGGUCAGGCCCCGGCCGCGCCCCCAGCCCCAGGACCUCGACUUCGUGGACAUCGAGCCUAACCCACUCCAGGGGCCUCCACGCAACGCCCCCCCUCCCCAACCCCGCCCCGCCCCCCCUCCCCCACCCCCUCCAGUCCGCCGCCCGACCUUCUCCGCCCUGGACACUGACUUCAACCUGGCGCCGCAGCAGGAGGAUCCCCGCGGCCGCAAGGAGCCCGAGAUCAAGAUUCUGAAGUCCUGGAACAACAAGAACGCGGACGGCACGCUGUCUUGGGGCUACAUCAGCGAGGACGGAAGCUUCAAGAACGAGACGCGCGGACACGACUGCGUGGUGCGCGGGGUGUACGGCUACGUGGAGCAGGAGACCGGCAAGCUGCUCUCCUUCCCCUACGUGUCCGGCAACCCCUGCGACCCCAACGAGCCCGACUACUACGACUACUAUGACGACUUCGUGCCCAAUGAGCCUGCCCGCGGCCGCUCUGGUUAAGUCGUUCCCCUCUACGCCCCUCUCCUUAACCCCAAGACGACUUAUGUCCCUUCGCUCCCUUUCCUUAACCCCAAGAUGACCUGUCCCUUCCCUUGUCUCCCUUUCAUUCACCCCAAGAUAACCUACAUUUGUCCCCAUCUUCCCCAGGUAUCCCAACCCCAAACCUCUUCGUCCCAAGCUUCCCCACUCCUCCCACUUCACCCCAAGAUGUCCCACUCUCUUCCCCAUCUCCCCUAGCUAUCCCAACCCCAAACCUCUUCGUCCCAAGCUUCCCCACGCCUCCCACUUCACCCUAAGAUGUUCCACUCUCUUCCCAACCUCCUCAACCCCAAACCACUUCGUCCAAAGCUUCCCCACUCCUUCCCUUUCACCCCAAGAUGUUCCACUCUCUUCCCCAUCUCCCCAAGCUAUCCCUCACCCGUCUCUUGUCGUCUCCUCAUCAACCCAAUUUUCCCCAAUGCAGUGUUCUUCAGUAUCAUCACACAGGCCAGAGUUACCCUGAAGUAUUUUACCUCUAAGACCUCUCCAUGUAUCCUCUUUUACCGCCUUAAAUGAAUGCCUUGUGUGUCUAUAAUCUAGGGAGAAUGAACGCUGCCAUGCCUGUAAAUUUCGUGUGUUUUAGAGAGUUUUCAUAAUAGUGCAUAAAUCUUCGUUCCAAGUGGAGAUUGUAUAAAGAUUUUUCUUUUUUUAUUGAUGUUGGUAAAAAAAAAAUGUCCGCAGUUUUCAGUAUUUUUUUUUCCGUUGUCUUGUUCCAUAUUCUUUUCCUUAUUUCCUGUUUUCCUGUUUUCCUUAUUCUGUAUCAAGCCCUCUCCCUCUCUCCCUCCCUCCACCCCCCACCCACGUCCUUUCCCUUUCUUUUGACGUUUCUUUAAGACACAAUUUGUACAUUUGUAUUUAUCAAAUGUUAAUAAUCGCAAAUAAAUCUUGUAUUGUGUAAA